AUGGCCCACCCAGUAAAUAUCCAAGAAGAUCGCGCCUCCCCAGCGUCGUGCGAGUUGAAUGCAAAUGACAGCACCCCUCCUGAGCAGCGUAACUUCCCUUUAACACCCCCACCGACCGGAGAACGACAAACACAAGACGCGUCGACUGUGGAGCGGGUUCUACGUACCUUCAAGGACCUUCGAAGCUCUUGUCCGACGUCGCUUCCUCUCACGGUGAAGCUGAAGCCAGUGCAGUAUUCCAGACUACUUGGUGGACUUACAAAGGACCCAGACCUUAAGGCCUACGUCAACGACAAAGUGCGCUGGGAAUUCGACGCAAAAUCUGAACAACUUGAUGUCCGGAUGCCGACCCCGGUGCACGAUAUUUUCGUGACCUCCAUCGCCGGCGAAAUAGACAACCAACUCCAGCGAGUAGUUGACGUUAAAGGUCCGGCCAGCAAAUUUGCGGCGCAGAUCGUGAGCGGUGGAUCUUCCCGCAUCCUUCUAAGGACAGAUACCACUGAGGAUGAUCAAUUGGUGGAUUCAGACGUGUGUCUCUGGCGCCAACCCGAUGCCCAGUUCCAGCACUCUUUGGCAGCAUAUCCAGGCGUGGUACUCGAGGUUUCGUAUUCGCAGGACGGCAAAAACCUCCAGAAGCUGGCCCGCGACUAUAUCAUGCACUCUAAUGGAAAUAUUAAAGUGGUGAUUGGCAUCGAUGUCACAUAUGAAGGGAAGGAAUCCACGUUGUCCUUAUGGCGAGCGUCAUAUACGCCGGAAGAAGGCGAAGAUUACUAUAAUCUGGAUGUCAUGCAGGAGGUCAAAUCGGAGAUAUUUCGAACGCGAGAUGGUUGCCCCACGAACACAACUAAGAGUAUCCGCGUUUGUCUUGCUGACUUCGGGCCGGAUGAGAUAUCGGGUGAAUAUGAAGCAGUGGUUAUAUCACUCAGUUACGAUACAUUGCUCUCUCUUCUCACCCGUGCGGAGCAGGUGCAUAUCGCACGAGAGUCGGCUUCCGAUAACCGCGGAGUCGAGUCCAAACGCAAGAUUAGAAAGCGGAAGUUACCAUCAUCAUCACCGGCUGAGCAGUUGAGAUCCGAUGAUGAAGCGGAGCAUCAGCGCCAGGAAAUGCAAGCAGAGGAACGGGCUGCUGCGGCGGACGACGAUUUCGAAUUGCCAUCAUCCCGCCGGCGGCGGCUUACGGGUUAG